AUGUCUACCAAGGCGGCACGAUCCCCCGCGGGGAGGUCAAAGCCGGAGCGGCCUGCCAAGCACGGCAAGACAGAGCUGCGACAGCAGAAGCGCAAGCGUGACCAGGAAGAGGUCGAGGCCCUGCAGCAGCGAGUGGAAGGGCUUGAUCUCAAGUCGGACAGCUUCACACGCUUCGCGGACCUCCCGCUCUCGGAACCGACAGCGUCGGGUAUCAAGGCAUCGCACUUCACCAGCCUGACAGACAUCCAAGCGCAAGCGAUACCGACGGCGCUGAAGGGCAAGGACAUACUGGGGGCGGCGCGGACGGGCAGCGGCAAGACGCUAGCGUUCCUCGUGCCGAUGCUGGAGAGGCUGUACCGCGCGCGGUGGACCGAGUAUGACGGGCUGGGGGCGCUGAUCAUCUCGCCGACGCGGGAGCUGGCGGUGCAGAUCUUCGAAGUGCUCCGCAAGAUCGGGCGGAACCACGUCUUCUCGGCCGGGCUGGUGAUUGGCGGCAAGAGCCUGAAGGAGGAAGCGGAGCGGCUGCCGCGGAUGAACAUUCUCGUGUGUACGCCGGGCCGGAUGCUGCAGCACCUGGACCAGACGGUGGGCUUCAACGCGGACAACCUGCAGAUUCUGGUGCUCGACGAGGCAGACCGCAUCAUGGACAUGGGCUUCCAGUCGGCCGUGGAUGCGCUGGUGGAACACCUGCCCCGGACGCGGCAGACGCUCAUGUUCAGCGCCACGCAGAGCAAGCGUGUGUCGGACCUAGCACGCCUCAGCCUGCACGAACCCGAGUACAUCUCGGUGCAUGAGGCGGCAGCGCACUCGACGCCGUCCAACCUGCAGCAGCACUACAUCGUCACACCGCUGCACGAGAAACUCGACACGCUGUUCGGCUUCGUCAAGGCCAACCUCAAGAGCAAGAUGAUCGUCUUCCUCAGCUCGGGCAAGCAGGUGCGCUUCGUGUACGAGAGCUUUCGCCACCUGCAGCCCGGCAUCCCGCUCCUGCACCUGCACGGCCGUCAGAAGCAGGGCGCCCGCCUGGGCGUGACCAGCAACUUCCGGUCAGCCACCCACUCGUGCCUGUUCGCUACCGACGUCGUGGCCCGCGGCAUCGACUUCCCCGCCGUCGACUGGGUCAUCCAGGUCGACUGCCCCGAGGACGCCGACACGUACAUCCACCGCGUGGGCCGGACGGCGCGGUACGAGAGCAACGGCCGCGCCGUGCUCUUCCUCGACCCGAGCGAGGAGGCUGGCAUGGUGGCCAAGCUGGAGCAGAAGAGGAUCCCCAUCCAAAAGGUCAAUGUCAAGGAGAAGAAGAAGCGUAGCAUCACCAACCACCUGCAGAAUAUGUGCUUCCAGAACCCGGACCUCAAGUACCUGGGCCAGAAGGCCUUCAUCAGCUACGUCCGCGCCAUCCACCUGCAGAGGGACAAGUCCGUCUUCGACAUGUCCAAGCUGGACCUCGACGCCUUCAGUGCCAGCCUCGGCCUCCCGGGAACGCCGCAGAUCCGCUUCCAGAAGGGCGAGGAUAUCAAGAAGAUCAAGAACGCCCAGCGCCAGGGCAUGUCGAGCGGGUCCGAGUCCGAGAUGGACAUGGACGGCGCGAAGCCCUCCAGCAAGACCAAGAAGAACGCCGUCCGCACAAAGUACGACAAGAUGUUUGAGCGAACCAACCAGGACGUCCUAUCGGAGCACUACUCUAAGCUCGUCGGCAAGGAAGACGAAAAGGCCGACAACGGUGAUGGAAACGGCGACGAUUCCGAAGAAGACUUCCUCUCCGUGAAGCGCCGCCUCAACGACGACGACCUAGACGAGGAGUCCAAGAAGGCCCCAGCCUCGGGCGCGAUCAAGGUGGUGGACGGCUUGGUCAUCGACUCCAAGCGUCGCGAAAAGGCCCUCCGCUCCAAGAAGAAGAUGGCCAAGUUCAAGGGCGGCGGCAGCAAGCUCAUAUUCGACGAUGACGGCAACGCCCACGCCAUCUACGAGCUCACCAACGAGGACGACUUCGCCGGUCAGGGUCCCGCCGACGAGCUCCGCAGGCGCUUCAUCGAGGAGGAGGCCGCGCGCGUCAAGGAGGCAGACGCCGACGAUAAGAUGGCCGCCAAGCAGAGACGCAGGGAGAAGAAGGAGCGCAGAAAGGAGCGGGAGGCUGCGGAGGCUGCUGGCAUGUACGGUCCUGGCGACGACGGUGGCGACGAUGUCGCUGAUCUCGGUGGUAUUCCGGCCAUUGAUGACGAUCAGCUCGACUUCAUUCGCUCCCUACCUAUUGCCGGCCAAGGAGGCGGUGAUGCGUCAGACAGAGACGGGGACGAUGAGCCUCCCAGGAAGAAGAAGAAGAAGUGGUUCCAGCAGGAUGAGGAUGAUGACGACGACGGCGACAACGACAUCAACAAUGCAAAGCCCAAGAAGAAGGGUAAACCUGGUGCCAAGGUAUUCGAGGUCGACGAGGAGCCGCAGACUCUGGAGGAUCUUGAGGCUCUGGCUACUGGUUUGCUAAAUGGGUAG